AUGGGCUUUGAAUUACAUGAACAAGAAGAAAAGCCUUGUCCACCUGUUGUGACUUUAACAGUCUCUCGAAUAGUUAGCACUUUGUCCAACAAAACCUCGUCACUCGUUAAAAACUUCUCACAUUUUUUUAAGGAAUCUCCUCCUUACCAUCCUUUAAUCAUUUCAUGUUUAGUCCCUAACUCAAACAGUUUAUUCUUUUUUUCAACAACUAAACAUAAAAUAUUUGGUGGAUCUGUAGGCUCUUUGUCGACUUUUGGAAUAGCCAUUACCACACAAUUGUCAACUGGAUGUCAGGAUCAUACAUUAUCUGUAUAUUACUAUGUAUCUGUUCAAUCAUAUUCAAUUAUUUGA